AUGGAAUUCCAGUCGACGGCCAUGUCUCUCAACGAGACUGGUGGCAGUGCUUUCGCCUUGCCCUCCCCUACACACCACCACCACCACCAUGUGGACGUGACCUCGGCUGUACGCUCUCUGAGGAGAUCCAUCUCGCGAUCCCCCUCGCGUUUUGUUCCUCGCAACGACACUUCCCGCAGUUCGGACAGCCCGACGCCGGCAUCGCCUCAGUCGCCCUGCAGGCGAUUUCGACUGACGCCCCAGCGACAGCACGAUAGCUUCGCCGCAUCACAACUCUACACGCACUCUGCUCCUCCCGCUCACGGCCUCAGCAGCACCGCCUCCUCGAACUCUCUGGCUUUCACUCCCGUUCGACCCGGUAUCAAGCUGUCACUGCGCUCGGUCAAAUCUGCCAAGACGUCACCAUCGCGUCCCAUCACGAGGUCACGUGCCUCGCCGAAGAGCCCUCUGCGCCGAGCCUUGAACUCUUCACCCGCAGACCAGGCUGCCGCAGCCGCUGCGCAGCGCUCCUCACAGCUCCUCUCCAGUACCGUGAACGAGGAGCCCUUGGCAGAGAUUGAAAACUUCAAGCCCCAGCCGUCCAGCCCUCUCCAGAACCAGCGUCGCUCUGCCGACAAGGCAGCCCGCCACAGCCUGCACCUCGACGUCUCUGGCUCCUCGGAAAACGCCUUCCUCAAGGCCCUCGACCCAGACCCCGACUCAGCAACGCUGUCUGCCGGCGGUUUGAAGCGCAACGACACCAUGAUGAACCUCGACCAGCCCUACGAAGGAAGCCCAGUGCCUAAGCGGCGGAGCAUGCACGGCUUCUUGAGCCUUGAUCAGCCCCCCGUCGAGCGCGCCAGCAUCUUCUCGGCCACCUCCGCCGCUCCUUCCACCAACUUCAAGAUCCAUGAGGACACGGCCGCCGAGCCUGACACGCCGUCGCCUUUCAACCUCCCGUCAUCAUCAUCGUUGUCGUCUCAGGUGUCUCUUCCGCCUCCCGCAGCGCCCCCCGCUCCAUCCCUGAGCUUCCCCAAGCGCGCCGCCUCGUUGAGGAGGUCCACCAUUCUGCCGCGGGUCGGCGAGAAGACUUCCUGGGGCAAGCGCAGCGGUCAGCGCCAGCUGGCCCAGCUGGCCCAGCUAGAUCAGGACAGGAUCCUGACCCCGGCCAAGCCUCGCGCUCCCCUCGCCCUCAACCAUUUCGAGCCGCCCGCGGCCGGUACCGGUAGCAACCUCUUCGGCUCGGCCACCCCUGCCGGCAACCCCUUCCAUUUCGAGCCCAAGUAUGCCCAGAGCCACCACCCGCUGGCCCAGACCCAGACCCUGAGUGCUUCUUCGUCGAGUAACAGCGUCGCCGACGAGAACCCCGGCGGCUGCGCCCCGGCCCCCCCCGUCUCCGCCAACCUCUUCGCCGCGCCGUCCCACCCCUUCUCCCGGUCUCUCCCCGUCGGCGCCGAGCGGCCGGCGCCUGCACCUGGGUCGACACCCCUGGCCAACAAGGGCAACCUGCUUUACCAGGGCGCCUUUGGCUCUACCGGUCUCAUCUCCAAGGUGAACCGGAACCCGGAGCACUUCGAGAAGAAGCUGGUGCCGCCGGACACCCCCUGCAAGCCGUGGAAGAAGUCGACCGACCGCUUCAACACGUAUCCCUCGGGGACCCCCGGCAGCGCCAAGAAGAGCCGGGGUAACAACCGCAACUCCUUUGCCGGCAUCUCUUCCCUGACCUUCCAGCCCCCGUCCGCCCAGACCGAAGACCUCGGCACCUCCAUCUUUGCACCCAGGCCAAGGCAGACGAGUGCUCGCCUCCUCGGCGACGACCUGGACGGCGACAUGAACCUCUUGGACGAGAACGGCGACGAGCGCGCCAGCCACAUCCCUCCCACUCCGACCAAGAAUGGCAUCACCCCUAGUCUCAGCAACCUUAGCGAGCUCAGCGAGCACUGCAGUGACCAUUCGUUUGACAGUCCCAGUGCCAACCGCAAGAGCUUCUGUCCCCAGGACCUGACGCAGCAUGCCCGUCCCACGCCGAUGCGGCAGCCAAACUGUAAGCUCCUGUCCCUCUACGACGGCCGGAUGGACGCAUCCUUGCGUCCACCCCGCUGCAUCAUGCCAACCGUUGAGCCUUUACUGACCUGCCCUCCCUCCCCCCCAAAAAAAGUCGGUCCCGGAAGCUCCGUUUCCGUCCGCCGUUCACCCCGGACACCACAGGAACUGUCUCUGCCCGAGACGACGAGCCAGCUCUCCAUCUCCCGCCCCAGCCCUUCCGUCGACAACAAGCUCCCUCCGGCGACCCCGACCACUGACCGUGACUUCCGCUCUUCGACCGGACUCUUCUCGACACCGGUCCACGAGGACACCAGCUUCUUCGCCACCGAGAGCUACACGGAGCCGAGCCUGCAAAAGAUGUUUGACGAGGUCACCAAGCUCGGCGACGGCGAAUUCUCCAUCGUCUACCGCGUCAAGCAGCGCAUCCGCCGCUUCGGAUCCCCCGUCACGGGCAGAAAGUCUAUCUUCAGCACUACCCCGGUCCAGGCGCCCCUCGAAGGGAGCGUCUUCGUCGUCAAGAAGAUGAAGCAGCCCUACCUCGGUCCGAAGGACCGGGAGAGGAAGCUGCGCGAGGCCCGCAUCCUGUCCACCCUGAGGGAUGCCGAGCACGUCGUCCAGUACAUUGGCGACUGGGAGACGGACGAUCACCUGUACAUCCAGACCGAGUAUUGCGAGAAUGGCAACCUCAAGGACUUCUACUCCCGCGAGGGCUUCUUUGGCCGUCUGGAUGACUUCUGCAUCUUCAAGAUCCUCCUGGAUCUCACCCUGGGACUCAAGGAGAUACACGAUGCUGGGUUCAUGCAUCUAGACAUGAAGCCGGCCAACAUCUUCGUGACAUUUGAGGGUGCCCUCAAGAUCGGCGACUUUGGCCUCGCCAGGUCCUUGUCGGAGGCUGCACCGCUCGACAUGGAGGGUGACCGCGAGUACAUGGCACCCGAGAUGCUCCACGGCCAGUUUGGCCCUUCAUCAGAUGUGUUCUCGCUGGGGAUGAUCGUAUUCGAGGCUAUUGCCAACGUCGAGAUACCCGGAAAUGGCGAGGACUGGCACAAGCUACGUUCGGGCGACUUCUCCGGCGUCCCGAGCCUGGCGUGGACGGCGUCGUGCGACACGAACCCGCAGCGCAGCGGCCUCUACAGCGAGGACCUGGAGACGUCGGACACGACACACAAUGCCGGCAACCUAUUCGGAUCGCACAAGCGGUCAGAGCUCCUAGAGCCACCCACCUUUAUGGAAGACGCGCUGCACCCCGAGUCGCUGCGCUCCAUCGUCAGCUGGAUGAUGUCGAACAACAACACCGACCGACCCGCGGCUGACCAGCUGCUCAGCCUCGGCAGCCUGCAGUGGAUUGCCAUGCGCCGCCAAGCACCGGCGACGAUCUUUGAGGGCCGGUGGGGACCCGUCGAGUCGGAGACGCCAGCUAUCCUUGAUAUCGACACGGAGAUGACGGGAGUAUAA